AGCUAGACCAAAAUACACCCAACCCAUAUGAUCUCCCUAAUCCACAACACAAUCUUUUCAUUCAAAAGAUUCCAUCUUUCUAACAUAAAUUCAUUCAAUUUUAAUAAUAAAAAUUCUUCUGCUGAAUUUCACCAGUUUAUUCUUAUUAAUUAAAUCAAAACCCCAGAAAAAACGAUGUCUACUUGUUCUAGUAGUGGCAGCAGUUGCUUUUUGGACGAUGAGGAGUUAUUACAGUUUGAAGCAAGAUGUAAAGAGUUGAGGAUAGAAAAAGACAUGAUAAAAGAAUCCAGCGGUGAACUCCUGCGGAGCCUGGAAUCUCAUGCCAAAUUAAUGUCCGAAACUCGAUCUAAUGACAAGAAGCGGAUCCAAAAUUUGGAACGAGAGCUGAGUAACUGUUCCCAAGAAAUAGAUUACUUGCAGGAUCAGGUGAACACAAAGGACACGCUGAUAAACCAUAUGACUGAUUAUAUUAGCAAUCUAGAGUCGAAGCUCAGAGCAAACGAAGAUUUGGAUGAAAUUGUAAGAAGGUUACAGCAAGAAUUGAAGGCACAGAAUUCAGAGAAUUUGGCUUUAAAGGUGAAUUUAGAGAACAAAGAACACGAGUUGCAUGAUGCAACAUUAUGUAUAAAGGAAUUAGAAGAAUCCAUUUCAAAUGUUACUUUAGACUUCCAAUGUGACAUAGAAAGCAUGAAGCUUGAUUUGAUGGCAAUGGAACAUAGCUUUUUCGAAGCUAAAAAAGUCCAGGAAGAAGUUGAUCAAGAACAUCGCGUGAUGCAGGAACUGACUAAAAACUGCAAAAUACAAUUACAAGCAGCGCGGAGUGUUAAACACUUGGUUAAGGAAAAUAAAGCAUUAAGGGAGAAGCUUAAAACAUUUGAAACCAAUGCAGAUUCUGAAAAUCAAAAUAAGAAAUUAUCAUGUCAGAUACAUGAAUAUGAACUUCUUGUGAACCAGUUGAAGGAACAACUGAAAGACGAAAAGUUCAAGGCCAAGGAAGAAGCUGAAGAUUUAGCUCAGGAAAUGGCGGAGUUAAGAUAUCAGCUAACUGGAUUGCUUGAAGAAGAAUACAAAAAACGUGCUCGUAUGGAACAAAGAGCUCUACAAAGAAUAACCGAGUUGGAGGCUCAGAUUGAAAAAGAACGGAGAAAAACUUUCGCUGAUGUUCGAGGGCUUCCCAGUGCUUAGAAGUUGAGUUUCAAAAAAUUGUUGAUAAUGUUGAGUAUGCGUUAGAGGUGCCAUGCCUCCGUGCUUCAUUCACAGAAGCUUUUAUUGACUUGACUCAAUAAACCUUGACACCACCGAUCUCUGAUGCGAGAACCACGAUGUUAAAGUGGAAUGGUGAACUUAUAGACUAGGGUCCAGUAGAUCAGUAUAUAUCUUUUAGCACCAAUCUUGAUGAGUGGAUGGACAUCCUAUCAAGAUUUGCUCCAUCUGCAUUUGGUUGCUGUUUACCAUCAUGCCACAAAUGUCAUAAAGAAUUGUUCUCUUGAUAGCCAUAUGGAAGCUUGGAUAAAUAUCAAUGUUCUUGUUGAUAGAUUCAAGGAUAUCACAGUGUUAUUAUGGCCCGGGUUAUAAAUUUAUUUUAAUUAUAUAUCUUCAGCUGUAUUCUUAUAGUAGAUCAAAUCAGAAGAUAUGUACAGCUUUUGUUGUAUUAAAUUUAAUUUAUUGACUUAUUGUAAUGCAAGUGCCUUAUAUUGGGCCAUUUUCAGCCAA